ACAGACGCCAAUUUUGAUAAGGAUUGCAAUGGAAAUGUAGUCAUUACAUGUAAUGAAGGUUUCAAGAUGGUACAAGGGCUGGAAUGUGUUGAGGAAGAAUGGAAAUAUCAAAACCCAAUAUGUAAACGCACAGUAGAAUAUUGACGGCAGAAAAUGGAACAUUAAAAUGUAACUGUCCACCAAACACAUUCGGUGACGAUUGCAUGUCGAUACAAGUUUUCAAAUGAACAAUAUUUGGAGCCCGAUCCCUACGCAAAAAGAACUGUGUCUGAUUCAGCGGAAUGUGAUGAAUACUGUGCUAACGAUACCAGAUGUUCCACUUCUGCCAUGAGUCAUAGUUAUAGUGGUAAAACAUGUCAACUUUACGAAACACCAGUCAUCUUCGUGUCGUAUGAAGAAAACCAAUGUUUUGAAAAGUGCAACGAGAUGAGUGAAUGUAAAACGCUUGGCAAAGAAGUGCAUACUAAUUCUUCCUGUUAUUUAUUUAACGCCACCUUCGACAAGAUUCCAGAU